AAUUAGGUAUUUCCUAAGACGUGUAAGGGUUGAAAUUCCACAUGUAUUCGUAGUUUUUCUUUGUGGGUCAUCUGCAUAUGUGACAGCUGAUGUUGAGCUGACUUUUGUAAUUUGUCAACUUGUUUGACUUUUUAGUCUAUGGUUAUAUUACAAUGUCCAAACUACAAUAACAUUUAAGAGAAAUCCCGAUGUGUUCCAUAUUGAAUGUUCCAUUAAUCUAAUUGAAAAUGAGUAAGAAUUUUAUAUAAUUAUCUAUAUAUGAAGCAACAUGAGCCGAAUAUUUUUUAUUAUAUGUUUUAUUGGACUUCUCUCUAUCGUACUUGUUAAUGGUUUAAACAAGAGGUGUAUAAGAUGUAGAUCAAGAGGAGAACUGGGGUCAUGUGGGGACCCAUUUCCAACAAAUGUUACAGAAACUGAGACACAGAUAGGGAUACACGUUGUAGCAUGCCCUUCUGGAUGGUGUGGAAAAAUGAUUGAGGGUACCACAGGGGCAUUUAGGACGGAUGAUUAUGGUGCGGCAACACAAAGAAUGUGUCUUCAGAGAUCUCCUAGCGAUGAUGAGGAAAGAUGUGCUUACACUAUGUGGAACCAUAGAAAAGUGUACAUGUGUUUCUGUAAUGGUGACCUUUGUAACUCUGCAGGCAAAGCAACUUCAUUCCAUUCUAUGCUCUUCAUAAGUAUUCUAGUUCUUAUUUACAAUGUUAAAACUGCUAUGUAAUAGAAUUGUUGUAAAGGCUCAAAAUAUGAAUACACUGUGAUAUUUUAUAAUUAUGUACUUAAUAUCAUUACUGAAUUUAUAUCUUGAUAAUCAAUUUAUUUUUAUACCUUUACACUAUUUGGUAGUUGCAAAUGGCUUUUAACAAGUGGUUUUUGAGUGAUAUUUAAAACAGAUUUUUUCUAUAAAUAUUUUCAAUUAAACUAAAGACUGUUUGAACGAAAAGUAGUCUAAACUUCUUUUAUAAACAGGUAAUAAUUAUAUUUUAUUGUAGCAUGAUCCUCAUAUCUUAAAGUUUGUGAAGAUUGUGCUACAUUGUACACACCAUUUAUAUUUGAGACCUAGUGCUAAGCAUGGCACUAAGUCUGGUACUAUAUGCCAAAAAUACGAAUUUUGACUGAAUAGGAAAGUCACAGUACACACCACACCAAGUUACUCUGAAAUUUAGCCUAACAGUUUAGGUAUGUAAUCUUAUAAGUUAUGACAUAACGUCUUUACCAUAAUAUAGUAGUUGACAAGAUAUCUUAAAAGGGAUUAGGCUGCUUUCCAGAUUAUUUCAGUUACUGUGUUGUAAAGUUAAAUAUAAACGUAAAUAAAUAACUUAUGUUGGCAUAAAAACAGCUUAAUGUUCGAGUAUAAAAAUGUCAUAAUUUACUUAGAUCAUAUCAUUAACUACUCGUUAAAUACCUAUUUGUAAAAUCUGAAAUACUCCGUCCAUAUCUUGUGAUAAAUUUAAGAUAUUUUUUUUCUUACUGUAAAAGAUAAAAUGUAAAUAGAUUAAGAGCAAUUUGAUGUGUUCAAGUGUAUUUAUAAUAAAAGAUUUUUAGUAUUUGUUA